AUGGAGUCUUUUAAAAGGAAAUUAUAUCAGCGCUUCCUGUUUUUUGCGUUUUUCCUUCCAAUCUCAGGUGUUUUGUGUUUUAGUGAGUUAUUUUUUAUCAAAGAGCCCCACGAUGUUACUGUCAUGCGGAAGGAUGCCGUUAUAUUGGACUGUCAGGCGCACGGAGAGUCGCCUAUUGCCAUCAGGUGGCUUAAAAAUGGAGUAAAAGUUGCAGAGAAUGACCGCGUCUACAUUCUCUCCAACGGCUCACUUUCUAUUUUGGAGGUGGAGAGCAGGAGAGGAGACAAAUCAGAUGAAGGGUUUUACCAGUGCCUCGCUCAGAACAAGUAUGGAGCCAUCCUGAGCCAGAAAGUCUGUCUUACAAUUGCAAGUAUCUCCCCCUUUACAAAUCAGCCAACAUCUAUUGUGGUGACAGAAGGAUCAGUCGCCCGUUUCACCUGCAAAGUCACUGCAAGCCCUCCUCCCAUCAUCACCUGGGAGUUCAAUCGGGUCAUGUUACCCCUGGCAACUAAAAGAAUCACAGUCUUGCCCAGUGGCAUUUUGCAGAUCCACGGGGUGGAAAAAGGGGAUGCUGGAAACUAUCGUUGUGUGGCGACCAACAUCGCCAACCGUCGCCGGAGUACAGAGGCAACCCUCACUGUCACUCCAGCUCCAAGCCCCAAACUGCCUCAGAGGCCUCGUAUCAUCGCCGGGCCCCAGAAUGCCACUGUGUCCCUGCACCAAAGUGCCGUCCUGGAAUGCAUGGCUACAGGGAACCCACGACCCCUCAUCUCCUGGAGCCGAGCCGACAGCAAGUCCAUCGAUGUUUUCAACACCAAGGUGCUGGGCAAUGGCAACCUCAUCAUCUCUGACGUCAAACCCCAACACGGAGGAGUGUACAUGUGCAGAGCCACUACCCCUGGCACACGCAACUAUACCAUCGCCACAGCCAACAUCACUGUGCUAGCUCCUCCGUCCUUGGUGGAGUGGCCGGAGAGCCUGACCCGUCCGCGCGCGGGCACGGCCCGCUUUGUGUGCCAGGCUGAGGGGGUUCCCCUGCCCCACAUCACUUGGCUGAAGAACGGAGAGAAGGUCCACUCCAACGGACGCAUCAAGAUGUACAACAGUAAACUGGUGAUCAACCAGAUCAUCCCUGAGGAUGAUGCCAUCUACCAGUGCCAGGUAGAGAAUGAGCAGGGCUCUGUGCUGUCCAUGGCCCGGCUCAUAGUGGUGAUGUCAGAGGACCGGCCCAGCGCGCCCAGGAACAUCCGGGCUGACACUGUAUCCAGCUCUGCCAUCUUGCUGGCCUGGGAGAGACCACUGUACAACUCAGACAAAGUGAUCGCCUACUCUGUGCACUACAUGAAGGCUGAAGGCUUGAACAACGAGGAAUAUCAGGUUGUCAUUGGCAACGACACAACCCGGUACAUUAUUGAUGACCUGGAGUCAGUGCGGAACUACACCUUCUACAUCGUGGCCUACAUGCCCAUGGGAGCCAGCCGCAUGUCAGACCAUGUGUUCCAGCACACCCUGGAGGAUGUGCCCCUGCGUGCCCCAGAGCUCAGCCUCACCAGCCGCAGCCCCACAGACAUCCAGGUGUCCUGGCAGCCCCUUGCAGCCAAGAUAAGCCGCGGCCGGGUGUCGGCCUACCGCUUGUCCUAUCGUACCAGCGCUGACCAGGCCGUCACCCAGCUGGAGCUUCCUGGGGAGAAGACCCAGUAUCUCCUGGAGGGCCUGCAGCCCGACACCAUCUACCUCCUCCGCAUCGCUGCAGCCACUAGCGUAGGCUGGGGGGAACAGUCAGCCUGGACCUCCCACCGCACCCCUAAGGCAUCCAGCGCCAAAGUGCCUCUGGCCCCUGAGCUACAGUUGGAGCCUCUGAACUGCACCACCAUCAUAGUGCGCUGGCAGCUGGCACCAGGAAACUCUGUCAGCAUCCAGGGCUACAGGCUGUUCUACCAUGAGGAGAGCCAGGCUGAGAGUUCCCCCAUCCAGCUGCGUGUCCAGGAAAACAGGCACACCAUUGGUGGCCUAGACCCAAGAAAGAAGUACCAUGUGAAGCUCCUGGCGUUCAGUUUCAUAGGCGAUGGCUACCAGGCAGACCAGACUAUCAGCACCCCUGGAUGUGUCUCGGUUCGUGAUCGUAUGGUGCCCCCUCCGCCACCCCCUCACCACGUGUAUGCCAAGGCCAACAGCUCGUCUGCCGUAUUCCUCCACUGGGGGCGUCCAGCCUUCACCUCCAGCCAGAUCGUCAACUACACCAUCCGCUGUAACCCUGUGGGCCUUCAGAACGCCUCCCUGGUACUCUACCUGCAGACUGCUGAGAAGAACAUCCUGGUCCCGGACUUAGAGCCCAACACCAGGUAUGAGUUUGCUGUCCGCCUGCACCUUGACCAACUGUCCAGCCCCUGGAGCCCUGUGGUCUACCAGAGCACUCUGCCUGAAGCACCUACUCUGCCACCGUCAAGUGUGAAAGUGACUCUGAUAGAGGACGACACAGCGCUGGUGUCAUGGAAACUUCCAGAUGAGCCCAACUUGGCGGUGACACGUUAUACCAUCUUCUAUGCUUCCAGGAAGGCCUGGGUAGCUGGAGAGUGGAAGGUGCUGCAGAGGGAAGGGAGCAUCACCAUGGCUCUACUGGAGAACCUACAGCCGGGGAACAUCUACCUGGUCAAGGUGUCUGCGUCCAACGAUAUGGGAGACGGGCCGUUUUCACACACCGUGGAACUGGCCGUGCAGAGCGAUGGCUCCACCUCCGGUCACAACCCCAGGCGCUCCCAUGGCUCAGCUACAGUGUUCUCUAGUGGUUUCUACCACCUGGACCAGAAGUCAAUGACAGGGAUCAUCGUGGGGGUUUGCAUUGCACUGAUCUGCAUCAUCAUCUGUGCCUUCAUCCUUGUCUGCAGAGGCAAAAACAGGAAAUCGUCAGCUACUAAAGCCAUCAGGCAGGAGGCUGGUCAGGUCCCCUCUGCUUCGGUCCACGCUGAGAAUGCUGAUGUUAUGGUGCCAAUGAUGAGAGCAGACCACUUCAUUGAUGCCAAGGGGGGAACAAAUCUGAUCAUCAAUAGCCUCGGACCAGUUUAUCCAAUCACUGAGAAGAGAAAUAAGUGGUUUUCCUUCAGUAAUCAGAAAAAAAUGAAUGCUAAGAAAAGCCAGAUCCAGAGGAAGAGCCAUGGAAUCUGCUCGUACCAGCCAGGAGCAACAGUGCUGUGCUACAAGGAUGAGUCUCUGUCGUCACCCAACCAGCCCACCUCCCUGCAGGUCCUGUUUGGUCCACCUUUUGACACAGAGGGCUCCUCCAACAGCGAGGGCAGCCACGAGACAGGCGACUCGGGCCGUUACUCUCACGACGAGACAGAGAUGACCAACCUGUCCUCUGGUCCCAGCAGCCGCCCUGCGUCUCUAAGAGAGGAGAGUGGGGGGUCAUUCUGCAGUCCUGCCCAGGAGAGUGAGGGGGAGCUGGAGGAGCAGUUUCACCUCGACCUGGAGAUUGGAGACUCCAUGGAGAAACCGUGCAACCAUCACCACUAUCAGGCCCCAGACAAUUCCCAGCCUGCACUUUCUCUCUAGCAGUCUCUGUGACCUCCCAUCAAUCUCUUAACCCUAAACUCACUCCACUGUUUUAAAAGACAAUGAGCAGAAAUCCAAAAAUCCAGGUCUUUGGAAGAACUGGGCUCUGGUUUGGGUUCUGGUGAUUUCUAUCAAAGAAUCUUCUUCUAGUGAAUAUGUACUCAUUUUAUUUUUAUUCAAUGUUUGUGUGUAUGUGUUUGAAAGAAAAA